CGGUGACGCCCACGUAGUCGUUGUCGGCCGCGCUGACGUACAUCACCAAGUUGGCACCAGGAAGUUGCUUGCCGGUCUCCAGGGUUGCGUCCAGGAUCUGGAGGCCGUAGACGUCCACCGUUCCUGCCGUUUGGUUGGGCAGGCCCGGCGCCUGGAAGUGCGCGCCGACACGAAGUUGGAGGCCGUACCGAGCCGGUAGCGGCAGGCGAAGAGCAGCGCAGAGGAUCUGCUCUCCUUAUGGCGGCCACCACCUCGUCGGCCCCUCCGUCGUCGUGAUUUGGUUGGUUGUGAAGACGUCCUGGUCUGGGCCCGGGUGUAGUAGGCCAGCAGCGCUGCUGUAGCAGGGAGGCCAGCGCGCUGGCGUCCGCCUUGCCGGAGGAGGGCGGCGUCCAGGGCUGCCGUGGUGACUGCGUUUAGGCGGAGGCCAGCGCCGCGGCGGUGACGGCCCCCAGGAGAGCGUUGGCCACCCCGAGGCGAUGGAGCCGUUCAUGGCCGCCGUGGUGCUGUAGUUGGACAGCUUCAGGUCCCCGACUGGUCUGCUUUGUUGGAGAGACCCGUGGUGUCCAGGGACUGGAUGGCAGCGGCGUUGUUGCCGGCGGAUGCCGUGUUCACCGCCAGGUCAUCCUUCAAACAUGUUUUCUUGGCAGUACGCGAAGUGGCGCAGUGACCUAUAAAAUCGGCCACUGGGCAUGAUGCACCAGGCCCGCCGCACCAGGCCUGCACCAGGCCCGCACCAGAGCGAAGUCGGACCGAAGAGAGCGGUGACGAAGCGGUGACAAGCGGUGACAUACCAGUACGCGAAGUGUGGAAUGACUGGGCAUGAAGCGAGACACUUGUCUCAGCGGCUAUGAUUUGCGGGGCAUUCAUGAGCAACCUUGCCCAUUCAUGAAUUCGGCCCCAAAGAGAGCGGUGACGAAGUCGGAGGUUCGAUUCCUCCCCGGUACCUCGGCGGGCUGACGUGUUAGAGAAAUCGUGGUGUGCCUCGGCAGGCUGACGUGUUAGAGACCGGUGACAUCGGCGGUGACAAGCUCAGAGAAACGCCUGGAGCCUGUUUUCGGCGGAAUUUGGAGGCAGGCAGCACAUUUGGCUGGUGACAAGUUCAGCAGCCCCCUUUCCUUACUACUCCAAACCCAGGAAGCUGAGUCGGCGCGGGACAGACGGGGGUCAAGGAGCAGAAGGGGAGGAUGUGAGGAGAAGCUCGCGCAGAUCGGCCGCGUGCUCUUCCACAAGCUGCGAGGCCCGCCGGCGCAGCGGGCAAGGGAGGCUGGUUGUGCGAGCUGCGUCUCAUCUCCAGGGCCAUCUCCGCGACGCUCCCGGUAUGUGGAAUGCAUGCAGAGCAAUUUUUGAUGGAUGAGUUAUUUGCAGAAUGGUGGUGACGCGCUUGAGCCGUUCAAUGGUGCAAGCGAUGAAUGAGGAGCAGUUUAGUGCAUUGAUGGGUGAACUGGUCAAUAUUGCAAGAGGUUCACAAGCAGCAUCAGAUGGGUACAGAGGCCUGGAAGCAGCUUCAAGGAUCUUGAAGAACCCGGAGUACUGCAGAUGGCAGAGAGUACAGUCUGGCAUGCGAUUAUAUGCCUUCACUGUUUCGGCAUGAGACAAAGCCGUUAGCGGUGAGCGUUCACGUGGAUGAUGAGAUUGUGGUUGGAGAAGGUGCAUGCCUGGAAUGGCUGGAUUCCGAGCUGAAGAAACAUUUUACCAUACAGGCAGAAGGACCGUU